AUGACAAAGGUCUAUUCAGAAGCCCUAGAAAAGGCAAAAGGACACAAUGCAAAGCAAGCAAGCAACCUGAGAGCCUUGGUGAUGGAGAGUCCCAAAAUCUUACAUUCCUUGAAGCAGGGUCAGCGUGCUGGAUAUGCUGCCGCGAGCGGCGCCGUUUCCCAGGACUUCCUUCAGGCAGCGCUAGUCAGUCCAGCCGCUUUAAGUGGGAAAGGAAGACACAGCCGAGGGAAGGUACCAGAGGCAGCGGUGCCUAAACACGGAAAAGCCCAUCCUUCAGACGGCCUCGCCACUGCUCAGGAAAUGUUUGGGGUCAGGAAGUUAGGGGGAGCCGGGUUUCAGGUGGCCGCGACUUUGGGGCCACGAGCCACAUUGGGAUUAUCAUCGACAGAGGAUGAGGGCGAGGACCCCUGGUACCACAAAGCAUGCAAAUGUGAUUGCCAGGGAGGAGCCAAUGCUCUGUGGUCGGCUGGAGCUGCCUCUUUAGACUGUAUUCCAGAAUGCCCCUAUCACAAACCCCUGGGUUUCGAGUCAGGAGAGGUCACACCAGAUCAGAUCACCUGCUCCAGCCCGGAGCAGUAUGUUGGCUGGUACUCCUCAUGGACAGCAAACAAGGCCCGGCUCAACAGCCAAGGCUUCGGGUGUGCUUGGCUUUCCAAGUAUCAGGACAGUAGCCAGUGGCUCCAGAUAGAUUUGAAGGAGAUCAAGGUGAUUUCGGGUAUCCUUACCCAGGGACGCUGUGACAUAGAUGAGUGGAUGACAAAGUACAGUGUGCAAUACAGGACCGAUGAAGGCCUGAACUGGAUUUACUAUAAGGACCAGACUGGGAACAAUCGGGUCUUCUAUGGAAAUUCAGACCGGAGUUCUACAGUCCAGAAUUUACUGAGGCCCCCCAUCAUUUCUCGCUUCAUCCGACUGAUCCCUCUGGGCUGGCAUGUCCGAAUUGCCAUCCGGAUGGAGCUGCUUGAGUGUGCCAGCAAGUGUGCCUGA